UGUUUAGGAUGGUUGCGUCAUUUCCGCCGUUCGUCCUUCCCUGAGUUCCUGUAACUCGUGACUGUCAGAGAGAAUCAUGGCGUGAGUUUAUUAACCCUCAUAAACACAGAAAACAGCCGCCAUGUGGAGGAUUCAGAGUUUAGUGGGCAGAGUGUUGAGCCGUUGUCAUGGAAACACUCAGCUGCGGCUCUCGCAGGGUCAUCACGUGGAGGAUGAGGUCAUCAACUCCUCCAUCCUGACCGGCGGACGACACGCGUCUGACAGCAGCAGUUCUCAGAGGGGUCAAGAUGAUCAGAAAAAGAAACGAACAUCUCAGUUCUGCUACUCUGGACUGCCGAGAUACACCGCUCUGGACGCCGUGGGCUGGGGCGCCGCUGCCGUUCUCUUCAUGCAGCUCUGUCGCAGGAUUCACUCUCGGUUCUCCUCUCAUGCGGAUCAGAACCCUGGACCGGCCCGGAUCAGAGACGUCGGACUCGUAGGAAAAUGCUCCUACAAGGUCCUGAUUGACAUCUUGUCCAGGGAGAAUGUUUUGUCCGGCGGCGUGACUGUGAGGUGCCUGCGGGGGGCGCUGCAGACUCCAGAGCAGAAUGACAGCAGCAGCAGCAGUAGUCAUAAUAAUAGUGGCAACAGCAGUGAUGGAGAUUCGACCUCUGACCCGCAGGUGGCACACACCUCUGCUCACCAGCAGGAGGAGACAGUGAGCGGCCCGUCCCACUCCGAAGAAACUCUUUUUCCUGAACAAGCGAAACCACAGGAGCGUCUCACACCCGAUGAAGCAGCGCAGAAUUUGAGACACGUGACGGACAGCAGCGUUCCCGUAAUCCUCAACAUCAUUGGUCUGGAGAGCGCUAAAGAGGGUGAUUACGAGACGGCGUUCUCGUGUUUUCUGGCUUCGGCUCAACACGACUACAGCAAAGCUCAGUUUAACGUGGGAGUUUGUUACGAGAGAGGACGUGGAGUACGGCGAGACCACAGCAAGGCGGUGCAUUACUACAGACGCGCCGCAGUCGCUGGCCACCAUCAGGCUCAGUAUCGCUGUGCUAAACUCCUCCUGAGCAGCAGAGGGCAGCAGAGCUCAGAGACCGACGCAGCAGCGGCACUGAACUUCCUGUACGCGGCGGCAGACGCCGGACUCACAGAGGCUCAGGUGUAUCUGGGUGUCGUGUUGUCUCAGGGUUCAGAGUGUGACGAGAAACAGUCCGUUCAUUAUUUCAGGAUGGCGGCUGAGCGAGGGGACAGCGGUGCUCUGGUGUGUCUGGCUCAGUGUUAUGAGAAGGGUUUCGGCGUGUCUCCGUGUGUCCAAACCGCCAUCACACUGUAUCAACAGGCAGCAGCCAGAGGAAACCAGCAGGCCAAAGACGUCCUGAGAGACAAACACAGCAGAGAGGUCCUGCGCUCGAUCCGAUCUGCUCCUUGCUUCUCUGUGAUUGGUCAGCUGAAUCUGAACUCCAUCGCUCCUCAAGAGACCAGAGAUGAGAAGCCCCGCCCACAGCAGCGAUCUGACUGUCAAUCACAGCCGCUUCCUCAUUCCUGGAGUACAGGAAGUCUGAGUGCGCUGCCGUCCAUCACGCUUCAGAUGUUUAGUGCUGACAGCAGCCGCAAGGUUUGGACGCUAGGGGUGCGAUAACGCCACAGAUGCUUAAUUACGAAUUCAUCUCUCUUCAGUUACUCUUUUUUUUUUUUUAUUGGUCCGCUGGUCAAAAUGAGUUGACAAAUACAAAAUAAAGCAUACGCACAAGCAUGUAGCUGUUAGAAACACACACGAUGGAAACUACCUGAGCGAGGCUCCGAUCUGACACAUGAAUGUUCUCUCGGAUUAUGAUAUUAUAGUUUACCUAUGAGAUGUGAUAGCUUUUGUUUCUGCCACUUUAAAAUUGUUUUGGGCAGUGGGAAUCUCUUUAUAAUGUGUUUGGUUUUGUAUAUAUUUGUGUGUUUGGUUAGGAAGAGUUUCUGUGAAAACUGUAGAAGCUUGUUUCUGCCAUGGAAAAAAUAUAUAAAAAAGGUAAUUGUGACUUUUUUUAUCUCACAAUUUUUAAUUUUGAGAUGUAAACUCUUGAGGAAAGUAGUCAGAAUUGGGAGAUAUAAAUUGCAAGAUA